GACUGACUGGGAAGAGGUGGCUCAGGCAGAGCAGCUCUGCUGGCGCAGGCAGGAGGAGCAGGAGGAUUAUUAAAUAACGCAGCUCGACUCUGCAACUGGGAGUGGAGAGAAGGAGCCCAACAACAGUCGAGAAGGGGAGGGAGGACAGAGGAGGGGGACCAGGAAGGACAGCCCGUGCCCCGAAGACAUAAAUCCCUGAGUGCCCGGGAGGAGCCUUAACAAGCGGCGCGGAGCCCUCAAGGUUGCUAAGUUGGCUAUCCCCGUGCAAGCCUUGGAGUCCCAAUGGGGGACUCAGGAUCAAGAAGAUCUACCUUGGUCUCACGGUUGCCAAUAUUUAGAAAAAGUAUUAGCAGAAGACAUGACUCUCUUCCUUCUUCACCCUCUUCCAGCAAUACCAUUGGUGUCCACAGUUCUUCUCCUUCCAGCACUAACUCAAGCUCAGGUAGUACAGGAAAACGCAGGAGCCUAUUCCGAGCUCCUUCCAUCAGCUUCCACCAUAAGAAAGGGAGUGAACCUAAGCAAGAACCCACUAACCAGAACCUUAGUAUUUCAAAUGGUGCUCAACCUGGUCACAGCAAUAUGCAGAAACUGAGUUUGGAAGAACAUAUUAAAACCAGGGGAAGACAUUCUGUGGGUUUUAGUAGUUCACGACAUAAGAARAUAACAAGAUCCUUGACAGAGAAUUUUGAAAGGGAAAAGGAGCACUCAACUAAUAAGAAUGUCUUUAUAAAUUGUCUAAGUUCUGGCAAGAGUGAGGGAGAUGAUUCUGGAUUCACAGAAGAACAAACUCGCCGUUCUGUUAAGCAGUCAACAAGGAAGUUACUCCCUAAAUCUUUUUCAUCUCACUAUAAAUUUUCUAAGCCAGUUCCACAGAGCCAAUCCAUUUCGUUGGUACAACAGUCUGAAUUUUCACUUGAAAUUACACAGUACCAAGAGAGAGAACCUGUGUUAGUAAGAGCUUCUCCAUCUUGUUCUGUGGAUGUAAAUGAACGGGCAGGAAGCUCUCUGCAAUCUCCUUUGCUUUCUGCUGAUCUUACCACAGCCCAGACACCUUCAGAAUUUUUAGCCUUGACUGAAGAUUCUGUGUCUGAAGCAGAUGCAUUUCCUAAUAGUGGAAGCAUGGCAUCCCACUGUGACAAUGGUGGCCCCAAUGACCCUACCUCUCAGAGCUCUCCCAAACCUGCUGCUGUUACAAAGACAACAAUAGAACUUAUGGGAGCUGUGCCUGGUGCAGUUAUGUCUCCUGGGAAAUACAGGUUAGAAGGUCGAUGUAGCACUGAAUCUAAUUCCUUAUCAGAAACCUCUGCUGCUAAUCAAAAGGAAGUGUCAUUGCAAAUCACUGAGCUACUGGUUAAGAAUGUGAACAACUCAGAGACUCACCUAUCAGCAGACACUCAAAGAGAAGAAAAUAUGCCACUACAAAAUGGUGAAUCAAUGCCAAGGACAGGCUCUCCAAGGAAACUUGGAUUCUAUGAGCAACAUAAAGCAAUAGCUGAACGUGUUAAAGGGAUUCAUCCUGUUUCAGAUUCAAGGAUAAUACCUUCUUCUGGCGAUCAUCACAUUUUAAACAAAACAUCCUAUGGUUAUGAAGCAAGUACAGCCAGAGUUCUUGCMAGUAGCCUCAGUCCGUAUCGGGAAGGAAGGUUUAUAGAGAGGCGACUCCGGUCCUCAUCAGAAGGAACUGCAGGGAGUAGCAGAAUGAUUUUGAAACCAAAAGAUGGAAAUGUGGAAGAAGUAAAUAGCUUAAGGAAGCAAAGAACGAGUUCCUCAUCCUCAAAAAUGAACAGUAUGGAUGUUUUAAAUAACCUGGGAUCCUGUGAACUAGAUGAAGAUGAUCUAAUGCUCGAUUUAGAAUUUUUAGAGGAACAGAACCUUCAUCCUUCAGUUUGCAGGGAGGAUUCAUACCACUCUGUAGUCUCCUGUGCUGCUGUAGUUCUCACUCCAAUGGAACCAGCAAUAGAAAUGAAGAAAAGAGAAGAACCAAAAUUUCCUGAGACUUCCAGACAGAAUCUUUCCCUGAAAUUAACAAAAGAAGAUCAGGAAUCCAGGUAUUCCCAUCUAAGCCGAAUGCCCAGCAGUCCAUCAACAGAUUGGCCCCUACAAGGUGUGGAAGAAAAUGGGGGCAUAGAUUCUCUGCCUUUCAGACUGAUGUUACAGGACUGCACAGCAGUAAAGACRUUAUUAUUAAAGAUGAAGAGAGUUCUUCAAGAGAGUGCAGACAUGAGCCCAGCAAGCAGCACCACUUCGCUUCCUGUUAGUCCUCUCACUGAAGAGCCAGUGCCUUUCAAGGAUAUAAUGAAAGAUGAAUGCUCUAUGCUCAAGUUACAGCUGAAAGAGAGGGAUGAACUUAUUUCCCAACUUCAGGAAGAGCUGGUAAGUGACAACAAUAUUUAG